UCGUACUGGUUGUGAAAGGCGAAAAUAAAUUAUUCUCAUUGGGUUUCUUCCCCCAGCAUCCCUGACGAAGUCUUGGUCAGGUCUUCUCCUUUUUAUGAGACAGACCCUGGACAACGAAGGCGAGCAGAGCGAUGAGCAUGAAAGCUGUCAGCACCUCACAGACGGUGCUCAAUUCCCCAGCUUCGUUGUUCGAGUUCGCCGAUCAAACUUAUCUUGGAUCGACGCUUUAUCGACGGGAACGUUUAUGUGGGAAUAUUGAAGGCUGGGGCCCAUUGAGCCCCUUUCGUUAUGAUUUCACUCCCUGCUUCUUGGAUGUAUGGAUAGCAGCUGUAUCAGCAUAUGGAGUUCUCUUUGGAGCUGGCGCAAUUUUCUGGCUUCUAAAGAAGAACACACCCCAACCAGUGGCGAAGAACUGGCAUUUCUUUGCAAAAUUGGUUGUCAUCGCUGCACUAUUUGCCAGCAAUACUGUUCAAGCCGUGCUUCAAAUCGUUUACUAUCCACAUGUCUGGUCUGGGGAUUUUCGAUUUUGGUCCACUAUAUUGACACUCGUUUCCCUUGGAGUGAUAUUUGUCAUCCAGUUUUUGGAGCACCAAAGAAGCCGCCAACCCAAUGGCGUAGCGCUGUUCUACUGGCUAUUCCUCCUGAUUGCCUUUGGCAUCAAACUUCGUUCGCUCGUUUCUCAACAAAUUUAUCGCCAGCAUCUUCCUUACUUUUUAGCUUUUUGUAUAAGCACUGGACUGGCCGUGGUCGAAUUGGUUUUGGAGUGGCUAGUGCCGAAGAAACAGAGCGCGUAUGACGCACUCGGAGACGAAGACGAAUGCCCCCACGAAUACGCUACCAUUUUUUCCGUGCUUUCAUUCAGCUGGAUGACGCCGAUGAUGAAAUUUGGAUACCGGAAUUUUGUUACUCAAGAUGAUCUGUGGAAUCUGCGGAAACGGGAUGCUACUCAAACAAAUGGCAAGACUUUUGAGGAGGUUUGGGCACACGAGCUCACGCGAAAGCAUCCGUCGCUGUGGCUGGUGAUGUUCAAGGGCUAUGGUGGACCGUACCUACGAGGCGCUAUCUUCAAAACUGGAAGUGAUUGUUUAGCAUUCAUACAGCCCCAAUUACUUCGGCUUCUCAUAUCUUUCGUGGAUUCUUAUCGAUCGGAAAAUCCGCAGCCUGUAAUUAGAGGCGCGGCGAUAGCACUGGCUAUGUUUGCUGUUUCUGUUUCGCAGACGGCUUGUCUACAUCAAUAUUUCCAGCGCGCUUUUGAAACUGGGAUGCGGAUCAAAUCAGGUCUGACGGCGGCAAUUUAUUCCAAGUCUAUGAGGCUGUCAAACGAAGGUCGCGCAGCAAAGUCGACUGGUGAUAUUGUCAAUUACAUGGCCGUGGAUACUCAACGUCUUCAGGAUUUGACUCAGUUUGGCCAGCAGUUAUGGUCUGCACCAUUUCAAAUUGUCUUAUGCAUGGUCUCCCUGUAUCAGCUUCUCGGCCUGAGUAUGCUCGCUGGUGUUGGUGCUAUGAUUAUUAUGAUCCCAGUCAAUGGUGUGAUCGCAAGAUUCAUGAAACGUUUGCAAAUAGUACAGAUGAAGAAUAAAGAUUCGCGCACGAGAUUGAUGACGGAGAUUCUUAACAACAUGAAAUCGAUCAAGCUCUAUGCUUGGACGACUGCUUUCAUCAACAAGCUCACUUUCAUUCGGAAUGACCAGGAGCUGAAAACACUUCGAAAAAUCGGUGCAGCACAGGCAUUUGCAAACUUUACAUGGUCCACUACCCCAUUUCUUGUCUCUUGCUCCACAUUUGCCGUGUUCGUGCUCACACAGAGCCGGCCUCUAACUACAGAGAUUGUCUUUCCUGCUCUUACCCUCUUCAACCUCUUAACGUUCCCCCUAGCGAUCCUCCCAAUGGUAAUUACUUCGAUUAUUGAGGCCAGCGUUGCGGUGUCGCGCUUGACAAGUUUCUUUACCGCAGACGAGAUUCAGACCGAUGCAGUGCUCCACCUGAAAGAACCUGUCACGGAGAUUGGAGAUGAAUCAGUUCAACUUCGUGACGCUACUUUCACGUGGAAUAGAAACGGAACCAAGAACGCACUUGAGAGGAUUAAUUUUUCUGCGCGGAAGGGGGAGCUCAGCUGCAUUGUUGGAAGAGUAGGGUCGGGCAAGUCGUCUUUUCUGCAAUCUAUCUUGGGCGAUCUGUGGAAGGUCAGAGGAGAGGUAAUUGUCCAUGGCAGCCGAGCGUACGUGGCUCAGUCGCCGUGGGUCAUGAACGCCAGCGUCAGAGAGAACAUCGUCUUCGGUCAUCGUUGGGAUCCUCAGUUUUAUGAGCGCACCGUGCACGCAUGCGCGCUCACUGACGACUUUCAAGCGCUUCCGGACGGUGAUAAGACUCAAGUGGGCGAGCGAGGAAUUUCUCUUAGCGGAGGACAGAAAGCAAGAUUGACUCUCGCUCGAGCUGUGUAUGCCCGGGCUGAUAUAUAUCUCUUGGAUGAUUGCUUGUCUGCGGUUGAUCAACACGUCGGACGGCACAUUAUCAACAAGGUCCUCGGUUCCAAUGGCCUGCUUCAAGGAAAGACCAGAAUACUCGCCACUAAUUCAAUCCCGGUGUUGAUGGAGGCUGACUUCAUUGCGCUAUUGCGAGACAAUACCAUUGUCGAGAAAGGCACCUUUGAGCAGCUUAUGGCCAUGAGAGGCGAAAUCGCGAACCUCAUUAAGACUGCUAGCAACCGCGAUGACCAAACCACGGAGGACGCAAAAGAGUUUGUCAGUUCUGAGAGCGAUGAUUCUUCUACUAUUUUUGGUACUGGUGCCGAUGAUGAACAAGAAGAAGCCGAUGAAGCGCAGGAUGGCCUUCCAUACCUUGCCCCUAUUCGACCAGGCGGUGGUGCGGCUCGGAAGUCAAGCAUGUCCACCUUGCGCCGUGCCAGUACCGCUAGCUUCCGCGGUUCUCGUGGCAAGCUGUCCGAUGAAGAGGCUGGCAGCGCGAAAGGCAAACAGAGCAAGGAGGUUUCCGAGCAGGGGAAAGUAAGGUGGAGCGUCUACGGGGAAUAUGCAAAGACGAGCAAUGUUGUCGCUGUGGCUAUUUAUCUUAUUACCACUCUGGGUGCGCAAACAGCACAGAUUGGUGGCAGUGUUUGGCUGAAGCGCUGGGCGGAGAAGAAUCAAGAAUGUGGGGGGAAUCCACAGGUCGGCAAAUACAUUGGCAUAUACUUUUCCUUCGGCUUUGGUAGUGCCGCGUUAGUUGUUGUGCAGACAUUGAUAUUGUGGAUUUUUUGUUCAAUCGAGGCUUCGCGAAAGCUCCAUGAACGAAUGGCUUUCGCCAUCUUCCGAUCGCCAAUGAGCUUUUUCGAGACCACACCCGCAGGACGCAUCUUAAAUCGAUUCUCAAGUGACAUUUACAAGGUCGAUGAAAUUCUUGCGAGGAGUUUUAACAUGUUAUUCGUCAAUUCAGCAAGAGCUGCCUUUACACUUGUGGUCGUCUCCUCAUCAACGCCUGCUUUCAUUGCUCUGAUUAUUCCGCUCGGAGCUCUCUAUCUCUAUAUUCAGAGAUAUUAUCUAAGGACAUCUCGGGAAUUGAAGCGCCUUGAUAGCGUCAGCAAAAGUCCCAUUUACGCCCAUUUCCAGGAAUCCCUCGGCGGCAUCAGUACCAUCCGAGCAUAUGAUCAGCAGAAGCGCUUUGCGCUGGAAAAUGAAUGGAGAGUUGAUGAGAAUCUCCGGGCAUAUUUUCCUUCAAUAAGCGCUAACAGAUGGCUUGCUGUGCGGUUAGAAUUCAUUGGCUCAGUCAUCAUUCUUGCUGCUGCCGGUUUUGCCAUUCUGUCUGUGUCCAGUGGCAGCGGGCUGUCCGCCGGAUUGGUUGGACUUGCUAUGUCAUAUGCCCUACAGAUUACACAAUCAUUGAACUGGAUUGUCCGGCAGACGGUAGAAGUUGAGACUAAUAUAGUAUCCGUAGAACGCGUCUUGGAAUACGCUAGGCUGCCCAGUGAAGCACCCGAAAUCAUCGCAAGACAUCGUCCUCCUAUAAGCUGGCCGUCGCAAGGGGCUGUCACGUUCCACAGUUACAGCACAAGAUAUCGUCCUGAAUUAGACUUGGCUCUCAAAGAUAUCAAUCUACACAUUCGGCCGCGAGAGAAGAUCGGAGUGGUGGGCCGCACCGGUGCUGGGAAAAGCUCACUAACCUUGGCCCUCUUUAGGAUUAUCGAGGGCGUUGAGGGGUCUAUUUCGAUUGAUAACUUGAACACCGCUACUAUUGGCUUACUGGAUUUGAGACGACGGCUUGCCAUCAUUCCGCAGGAUGCAGCGUUGUUCGAAGGGACAGUCCGAGACAACCUUGACCCUGGCCAUGUACAUGAUGACACCGAGCUCUGGAGUGUGUUAGAUCAUGCCAAAUUAAAGGAGCAUGUCUCGGGUAUGGAAGGUGGUCUUGAUGCUGAAAUCUAUGAAGGAGGCUCGAAUCUUAGCCAAGGCCAGCGCCAACUCAUUUCAUUGGCGCGGGCACUCCUCGCUCCUAGCAAAAUCCUUGUUCUGGACGAAGCCACGGCUGCCGUAGAUGUUGAAACCGAUGCAAUGCUUCAAACUACGUUGCGAAGCGAUAUUUUCUCCGACAGGACUAUCAUUACCAUUGCUCACCGUAUCAAUACAAUUCUAGAUUCAGAUCGCAUUGUUGUGCUUGAGCGGGGUAAAGUAGCGGAAUUUGAUACUCCCUCGGAACUGAUUCGGCAAAAGGGCAUAUUUUACGAGCUUGUCAAGGAGUCGAACCUUCUUGACAGUGCUGCCGUGCAAGGUUCAUAAUACUAGGCUCUGCACAAAGGACGGAAUCUUUUGAUUAGAGCGAUGUUAGUGAUCUACGGAGUGAGGUGUGGAGCGGGGAAAGCGCCUGUCUACUUUUACAAUUUUCAUAUUAUUGUUCGGUUUAUGGAGAUUCGAACGAUAUGCCGCGUUGUAAAUAUUUGCUACGCAAUCCGUCGUUCAUAACCUGAAAAGUUGUUUCAAAAAUAAAGGAAAACGCGCUGCGACAUCAUUUUCAUCAUCAGCUUUUCAAAAAUUUGCUUUCUAGUAUAGCUAGCAUACCUGAGGAUUACAUUCUGCGGAAUCAGGUCAAAUGGACGGGAGAACUAAGCGGCAAUUAUGCUGUAUUCUGGGGCUGUGCCAUAGAAUAGAUAGAGCAUGAAACCAGGCAGAAGUGUACAUUCUGACGAAUGAGAGACAUUAUCAACGCAUUCGCGAGG